CUGUCGCGUUCACAUCGGCCCCAUCCCGACACUUACCGUGUACCGGUCGCGCAGUGCUCAUCUCGAGUGUUAACCUCCGUGUUUGAAAAAAGAAUCCAGCGAUGGCAACCUACGCCCAGUUCAAACAUGUAGAGCUGUACAAGAUCGGCCACGGGAAGAAUAGGGUCCCCAACGCGCCCAAGAGUUGCAUCGCGGAGAUCUUCAGCGCGGACACCACCGACAGCAGCCCAGUGAAGAAUGGCAACGUGCGCCCGCGCGUCGUGCGCGACACCCCCACCCGUCCCAGGGAUACCCACUCCAGACUCUUCGGCCAGGCUGUACAUACUUCCGUAGCACCACCGCUGAUCACGGACACCAUCAGAAGUAACAUCCAGUUCGGCGAUUCGCAGAUAAAUGGCGGGAGUCCCUCUCAGUCGCCGUCGAAGAUGACGAAUGGCAGCGCCUCUUCGACGCCCAGUCGAGGUGAGACGACCGACGGGGAAAACUCAUCGUACACCCCGCCGAAGAGGAACCCAGUGACCGGCGACGGAAUACAUGUGCCGCCGCCGCGACGUCGCCACCCGGCGGCCAGCCUGCGAGAAGGCAACCCUAUAACCGGUGAUGGUUACAAGUCAAUGAACGGCCAGAUCAACACAGUAACAUCAGUGAACGCUAGCUGCCAACGCGUACCACCCGGAGGCUUCUCAUUUGGACUUUGGUAGACCAUCACCACGACUUCCCACCAUUUAAAAGCAAAAAACGGCGAAACACCAUCCUGACCAUCGCCGCACAAAAUUCGGAAAACCGUGCAAUUACUCGUUAAAUGUACAGCAGAGUGUUACGGCCAAACACGUGUCAAUAAAAAUGAAAAUCUUUAUAUACCGCCCACCAUGAGCAUCUCACUUACAUAGGACUCGAAUCUGUGUGAGUAAGACCCUAAUAAAAUAAAGUAGCGAUAUGAUGUGGAAUCUCAUUUAUAUUGACACGUAAUAAAAAUAUGCAUUUAUUUCAACCAUUUUCAUUAACUAAAUCCAAGUAGAAUCACAGUAACGCACGAUUUGAUAACGUCCAAUAAAAUUGAAGGGUAUAUGUUGUUUAUAAAUCCUUAGCCUAUCCCAGUUAACAGUUUCGAAUAAUUUAGAAUAGAUCAUAGAUAUUUUUGUAAUAGUAAUAUUUCUAAUAGAGUAAGAAGGUUCGUCGGAUCUUUGAUUUGUAAUAAGGUAUGGGUUGUGCAUAAGUGUAUUGACAUCGCCCAGGCUUUAUCUCAAAGACCUGUUUAUAUUAAGAACUCGAAAUUGUACUCUUUCACACUUAACGAUUAUGUUAACGCAUUGAUAUUGAGAAUUAGGAGUGAGGAACGUAUCAGCAAUAUACCAAAAUGAUAGUGCCUUGAACGGUAUGUGAAGAAAUAGGAAUCCAUGUUUGGAGUAGGCAAUCGUAAGAGAGUGAUUAUAUUGUCUAUAUAUCUCACAGUAUAGAAAUAGUAAUCAUGCGGCACUUGGGCUAAUUGAUACAAUUAAAUUAACAAUUGAAUUAAUAUUCUAAUAAUAUAUUUAAGUCUUUUAAUCUCGUUUGUUGAAUUUCAUUAUCGUAUUUUAAAUAGAUGGUUUAUAGAAAUGCAUUUAUUUUAUCAUUUUAUACAAGUUUAUUUUAUUUUUUGUUUAUUUUCUACUCGUUUAGAAAUUAAUGUAAAAAUGUGGAUUUGAAAUUUGGUAGAUUAUCUGUUAACAUGGAUGAAUGGACCAUUGUUUUAGAGUAUGCAUAAAUGGUGAUGAAUCUGUGUUGAUUAUCCUUCGUAUAGAUACUGUAGGCAUAUCAUCUUUGUAAAAACGUUUUAAUCUUCUAACAAGAAUCGCAUAAUCACUGGCCUAA